AUGAGACUAACCGCCUUGUUGCUCUUUUUACUUUCGGUUACUGUAUGGGAUAUUGAUGGAAGUUGCAUAAAACCAAAAGCUACACGAUCUUAUGUUCAUAGUCUAUUUGAAAAUUCUGAUGUGAUUUUGGCUGGAAUUAUAUCUGGAAUUUCCUAUCGAGUGGACUCUUUGUAUAUUGAGAACAUUACUGUCACCCCACGAAGGAUAUAUAAAGGACGAGAAUAUCUAGAUGAGGGUAAGAUAAUUGUGAUUGGCAAUGUUCUGGAAACCGAGCCAUGUGCACACCGUCUUCUUGCUUCUGAUGUUCGAAUAUUCGCAUUAACUAAUCAACAAGGAACGUUUCUUCUGGAUGCUCCAAUGAUACGUGUCAGUCUUCCGGUUUUCGAUACUUUCUAUACAAUCUCCAGAAAACAAGCACAUCGGAAAAGAAGAAGGACAAAACAGGCCAUUUGCGAAUCGUCACUCUGUCCAUUCGGGUCAAAAUGUGGAUUAAAAACCGGAGUAUGCGAGUGUAAGGCGAAGUGUCGAGUGGUCACAGAUGUUGUCUGUGGAUCGGAUCAUACAUCAUACUCAUCAUUCUGUCAUUUAUCAGUCAGAAGUUGUGUCCUAGCAAAGAAAGGAGUUCGUCUACGAGUGGCAUCCAAGGGACCGUGCAAGAAGCGAAAUCCAUGCGAAGAUUUGAGAUGUGGUCCAGGCGAGGAUUGUGUGGUGAACCAGAUAAAUGGGAUUCUUCUCGCUCAAUGCAUCUGCCCGACUCAAUGUCCAAAUUAUGGUGAUUCGGUGGAAUCUUCACCUGUCUGCUCGUCGCAUGGUGUCGAUUACCAAUCUUCGUGUCAUUUGAGACACCACGCUUGUGAAUCAAAGACAAACAUCACAGUCAAGUUUUAUGGCAGAUGUGAUCCAUGCCAUGGCCACAAAUGUCCAAAUGGUCAGACGUGUCAGUUGGGAGUGGAUAGAAGACCAGAAUGUAGAUGUAGCGAGCAAUGCUCGAUGAAUAGUGCGCAUGUCUGUGGAACUGAUGGAAAAACAUAUAUGAAUGAAUGCUUCCUCAAACUUGCCGCAUGCAAAGAGCAAAAGGAUAUUAUCAUCUGGAAAAGAGGAAACUGUAACGAAGUGGGAAGUCCAUGUGAGAAAAUGGAAUGUGGAUUCUGGGGAAGUUGUGUUGUCAAACCGGAUCGAACGGCGGAGUGUGAAUGUCCAUCGAAGUGUGAAGAUGUAAUGAGACCAGUUUGUGCAACGAAUGGCGAAACUUUUGAUAACGAGUGCGAGAUGAAGAAGAAAAGUUGUGAGACAAAAUCGAUGAUCAAAGUGAAAUACCAGGGAACUUGUGGAAUCGGAGUUUGCGCAACAUUCAAUUCUUGCAAGAAACCUCAAGUAUGUGUAGCCGUGGAUGGCAAACCAAAAUGUGUUUGUCCCUCAUGUAGUGAUGAACUUAAAGAAGUUUGUGGAAGCGAUGGAAUCACAUAUGCAAACGAAUGUAAACUCCGUAACACUGCUUGUAUGACACAGAAAGACAUAUUUGUGAAGUACAACUCUGUUUGUGAAGGAUGUAAAGACAAGAAAUGCGACUUCUACUCAACAUGUGUAGUCGGCGAUAAUCACAAACCAGAAUGCAAAUGUCCGGAUGACUGUCCACUUUACGAAAUGAGUCAAGGCAAAGAAGUUUGUGGAACGGAUGCGGUGACGUACUCAUCUGAAUGUCAUCUGAGAAAAUCUGCCUGUCAUCAGAAGAAGUUUAUUGUGAUGGCGUUUGAAGGAAAAUGUGAUGAAUGCCUUCAUGUUCAAUGCCGAUACGGAGAAGAAUGUCGUAGCGGAGUGUGCAUUUGCUCCUACAACUGCCCUGCCAACCCACCACUAUCCGCCAGAAUCUGUGGAGAGAACGGUGUACUGUACCCCUCUCUCUGCCAUCUUCAGCUAGCAUCGUGCCAAAAAGGUGCUCCGAUUUCCGAAAUGCCCCCAUCACACUGUCAUUCUGCCCAGACGUCGUUCCCAGUUAUAAAAGCGCGCCGCCCGUGCGAUUGCUCAUUCGGAGCAACAUGUCAUAAUGGAGUGUGCACUUGUCCAGUGUGCAAUCUCUCCUCGGAAUACCCGAUAUGUGGAUCUGAUGGGAUUAUAUAUGAGAAUCAGUGUCAUCUGAACACUAUUUCUUGUCGAGACCAGAGAGAAAUCCAUGUUCUUCCACUGAUUUCACAGUGCAAUAAUAAGAAUGAUGCUUGUGAGUGCAACCGAGUUGGAUCAUUCGGUCAUACAUGUGAUGAGGCUGGACAGUGCAAGUGUCGACCUGGAGUUUCUGGACUCAAAUGUGAUCACUGUCUACCGUCGUUCUGGGGAAUCCAUUUGAUUGCUCAAGGAGCAUUAUCUUGCAGGCCAUGCGGAUGUAGUGCUUUCGGAUCAGCUAGAUCGGAUUGUGAGCAGACGACAGGGAAGUGUGAAUGUAGAAACGGAGCUCUUGGUGACAAGUGUAACCUAUGUCCCAAUGGUUUUAUGAUGGCUGCUGAAGGUUGUGUACCUACAACUGAUUACAAAACACCAAGAGAUUGUCACUCCCUCCGCUGCUUCCAUGGAGCCAAAUGUGUCCCCUCGCCAGCCAGUUUCCCGGAUUGUGUCUGCCCUCAAACUUGCAAUAUGGAUCGCCUAGGAGUGGUGGCAAACAUGACAGUUUGUGGCUCUGAUGGAACUACGUAUUCAAAUCUUUGUGAACUUAAAAUGUUCGCCUGUAAGCAUCAGAUGGAUGUGGUACCAGUUUCCAUGGGAAUCUGUGAUGAUGAAAGUUUCGAAGUUUUGGAUCGUCUCCAGAGAGAGCAAAACACUAAGGAGAAGAGAUUAGGGUCUCCAUGUUCUAGACAUGAAGAUUGUGAAAAACUAUCCGCACAAUGCAUAACUCGCCCAGGAAGGAAAUCUGUUUGUGACUGUGGAGAAGGAUGGAGAAGUCAUCAAGGCAUUUGUGUAGAAAUUUUCAAAAAGAGAAAAUAUGAUCAACUAGAACUAGCCACUGAUCUGAAAUCUGAUUGGUUUGUUUCGAGAAAAGAUGUGACCAGAUUCUCAAAACUCUCUUUGCAUAUUCACCUCAAAGAGAAACGAGAAGGGACACUAUUGAGAAUGGUGACAGAAGACAAAAAGGACUUGGAAAUCGUUCAUGAAAAUCGACGGAUCGUUAUCAUAGUUAGCAAAGCACGAGUCGAAUCAUUACAAACGAUUGCGUAUAAUGUUAGCUUGGAGUUGAAAUGGAGAAGAAACGAAUUGCAUUUCAAACUAAACGGAGAGAUUCAAAAACACACUUUCGACGGUGUUCUGGAUUCGUCUGCUAAGAAAAUCUUCUUGGGUUCGGAUGGAAAAUGGCCGAAAAGUCGAUUGUAUGCAAUUAUUGGAUUCCUAGAGAUUGAUGAUGUUCCUGUUCGAAUAGCUGAUGUCAAACCAUUCUACAUGACUCCGGAAAUCUCCCGAAUCGUUAAAUUCAAGGAGAAUGGAUAUCUGAAAUAUGAAAAUUUGAAUAUGGAUGUGAGAGAGAAGACGUUUGUGGAAAUUGCAUUCAACCGUACCGAACAAACGCCUUAUCGAACGGUGAUGUAUAUCUUUUUCAUUUCAGGCCUCUUGUUUUAUUGGUCUGUUCCAUCUGAUCCUCACACCGAUUUCAUCGCAUUUGCCAUGAUCGACGCAAAGCCGCAUUUCGUGUAUGAGCUCGGAUCCGGAUUAUCCUAUAUUCGAGGAGAACCGAUCCCAUUGAACUCUUGGCAUACUGUAAGAAUUGAGCGAUUCGCCAAAGACGUUUCAAUGUAUGUCAACGGAACACUUGCAAAGAAAUACACAUCGCAGAGCAAAAAUGCGCAUCUGGAUAUUCUGAAAAACGAUGUUCUGUUCGUUGGAUUUGUGCCAAAUGGAGAGAUUUCUCAUAAAGUUCGAAAGUUGAAUGUUCCAUUCGAAGGAGAGCUUCAGGAGCUCAGAAUUAAUGAGCUACCCGUCAAUUUGAUUUCUGGAGUAUCAAGCGAGGAAAUGGAACGGAUUGAUUUGAAGGAAACGGAUGAAAAGGAGUGUUCGAAAUGCGAUGGUGCUUGUUUUGAAAGGAAAGGAGACAUUGUUUGUAGGCAACAGGAAAAUGAUGUGCGAGGAAUUCACAUUAACGAACAUGACGCUCUCGUUUACCCCAACAAUGCCACUUUUUCGGUUUCUUCCUCCAAGUCUUCAAAUUUCUCCUUCGAAUUUCGGACUCUAAAACAAUAUGGCGUUCUGUGGUUGGAAGGAGCAUGGAGUCAGGCUGAGGAUGGAGGAGAUUUCAUACUUGUUUUUAUUGACGAAGGGAAAUUAUACGUGGGAGUGAAUCUGGGAGCGGAUGUUCAUCUGAAACCAAUCUCCACAAAUGUUACAGUAGCUGAUAAUCACUGGCAUUCGGUUGCAUUUAGAAGAAAAGAAAGGAAAUGUGAAUUGUGGGUGGAUUCGAAGAAGAUUCUCCACGUGGUCGCUUCUCCUGGAGACACGAAUCUCGAUUCGAAUGGAUUGGUCUAUCUUGGAGGUGUCAAUCCAAAGAAACACAAGCUCCUCAAAUCGCUAGAUCUUACGAAUCGGUUUGUGGGAUGUGUCAAGAAUUUAAGAAUUUUUGGGAAGGAAAUUAACCUGCUCGUGGAUUCUCUGAAAUCCGUUGAGACUCCAAAGUACUGUCAUGGAUAA